AUGACAAAAGAUACUGAUACAACUCAAUUAUUUCAUGCAUAUAUAUUAGAUUAUUUAACAAAAGCAGGAUAUUCUAUUAGUGGAGAUGCGUUUAAAAAGGAAUUGUUAAAGAGCAAUGCAGGUGAUAUACCAAAGAUUAUUGAUGCCAAGGAUGGAUUUUUAUAUGAAUGGUGGGCAAUUUUUUGGGAGUACUAUUAUUAUAAACAGGAUCAUGUGGAAUUGCGAGGUCAAAACUCGACCAUUAAACAAAUGUCUGAUAUCAUCACAAGGCAUAGACAACAACAAUAUAUACAACAACAACAACAACAAAUACCACAUAAUAUGGUUGUAAAUCAAACUAUUCCAAAUUCACAACAUCCUCCAACUUUGAAUAAUAAUAAUAAUAAUAAUAAUUCACAACAUCAUAUAGUAGGUCAACAUCAUAAUGGUAAUGUACAACAAUCACAACCGCAACCACAACAAUCACAACCGCAACCACAACAACCUACUCAACAUCAUGGACCACCUACACCAAAUCAACAACAAACUCCAACAACUAUGCAUCCACAUAUGGGAGUAUUUAUACCACCAAAUCAACAACAACAACAUUAUUAUACAAAUGGAGUAAAACAUGAACCAAUGUUACAAACAUCAACUGGUAAUUUACCACGUACUCCAGGGACACCAUCGAGUCAAAUAUUUACUUAUCAAAAUUUGACUCCAACAGCUGCCAAUCAAGCUGCCAACAAGCCACCACAGUAUACUGGCAACCCAUCUCCACCACUUCAAGUUUCUCCCAUUGUACAAUCAUCCCAACCUCCUCCUCCACCCCCUCAUAUUGGAGGAUAUCCUCAAGGACCACCACCAGAUUCACCAAUUCCUCAACAACAACAAGAAAAACAACAAGGUAAAAAGGUUGGUCAAUCACCAAAGAAAAAAGACUUGUCUGUAUCACCACCACUUGUUGUUGCUCCUAGUCCACAACAACAGCAACCACAACCAGUUGGUCAAUUGCCACCUGGAAUGCAUCCACAUCAACAACAACCACCACAACAACAAAUGCCACCUCAACAAUUUACUAUUGGACCAGGAAUGCCUCAUCCUCAUUUGAUGCGGUCAAAGACAGAUUAUGUGCCAAAGGGUUAUUCAACCACUAGUGGUUAUAUCCUUGGUUAUGGUGCCGUCCCAGGACAAUAUCCUUAUGCUCAACCUCCUCCACCAUACGUAGCAUAUAGUCAAAUACCUGGUGGUUAUGGUUAUCCUCCUUCUGCAGGUUCUCCAAAUGGUCAUAUUAUAACCAAUCCAAAUCAACAAAUAGCAAAUCAACAACAAAUAGUAGCUAAUCAGCAGCAACAACAAAUAGUAGCUAAUCAGCAGCAACAACAACAAAUAGCAAAUCAACAACAACAAAUAAAUCAACAAAAUCAACAGAAUCAAGUAUCAACACCACAACAACCACAAACACCACAACCACAAACACCAACACAAACUUCAUCGACCAAGGGAAAAUCAUCAAGAACAAGAAAAUCAUCAACCACCACCACCACCACAACAGAAUCAUCUGAUCCAGCGAGUACACCAGACAAUGCAGCCGCGGCACCCAAAAAGACGACCCGAGCCAACAAGAGAAAGUCAGAAGAUCAACCGGCCAAAUCUACAAAGAGAGGCACCAAAUCUAGUGUACCUCAAUCUCCUUCGACCAACAUACCGGCAGACACCCAGUCUCCAAUGGUUGCCGAGGCUGCUGAAACACCAACUACCAGUAGUAACACUCCACCCUCUACUCCAGGUGCUACUCAUAAUAAUAAUCACAACAACAAUAACACAUUGGCAUCACAACAAUCAAGUGGUAAUCUAAAUGAUCUAAAGAGUUCUUCUUCGGCUGCAUUUACACCACCCAUAAACACUAGCACAAGUAAUAUGAGUCAACAUCAAUUACAACCUCCUCUUCAUCCACUCAAUAAUAACAACAUCAACAAUAAUAGUAGUUCAAACACUCCACCAUCUCCAAAUACUUCACCAAAUACUAAACAAUUGCUACAAAUGAAUCCACCAACUGGUACUACUACUACUAGUACAACGUCAACAACAUCUAUUCAACAGAAUCAAAAUAAUCCAUUUAUGCAAAACAUACCACAAUCACCACAACCAAUUUCUUUUAAAUUUGAUACUACGGGCUUUUCACCUGUUGUUUCAUCACAAUCCAACGAUCAUUUCAACAAUCCACCUUUUGAAGGUUUAAAUCCUGAUAAUAGUAAUAGUAUUGGUCUUGGCAAUCACAUGAUAAACAAUAGAAUAGCUUCUUUUGGCUCUCCUCAAAUAUCCUCUCAAUCAUUUACAGAGGAUCUAUUUUUAGCAAACGAAUUUAAUAUUGAUUUUGAUCAUCCAAAAGAUUAA